UACGAAGUAUGUGCCAGCCCGAUCAUGCUACAACGACGACGUUGGGACGUGGGUUGUAUCACUUUCACAAUUGCCUUUGCCUGCACACAUGAGAAGCAGCAGCAGCCAAUCCAAGCCCGAGCCAGAUGCGGCCAAGCCGAGCCCGACGUCUGCAGAAGGCUUCUUGGCCAACGGGUCGGAACAGUUCCACGCUAUGUUGGCUACCCACCUCGAAACCUCGACGGGCAAAGCCAUGCCGCAAGUGGAAAUUCGCUUCAAAGACUUGUCGCUGGCGGCCAAAGUCACAGUCGCCAACAAGGACAACGAGCUCCCGACCUUGUUCAACCACGCCAAGAAGUCGGUCAUGGGCUUCUCCAAGUCGUCCAAGCGCGUGGAGCACAAGGAUAUUUUGCACACUGUCAGCGGUGUGUUCAAGCCCGCGACCAUGACGCUGCUCCUAGGUCAGCCGGGCUCGGGCAAGUCGUCGCUCAUGAAGAUGCUUGCCGGACGAUUCCCCAUCGAAAAGAACAUCCAAUUCGGCGGGGACAUCCAGUACAAUGGCUCCGACCGCAGCGAGGUGUUGGCCCAGCUGCCUCAAUUGGUGGCCUACAUGAGCCAGCGCGACCACCAUUACCCGACGCUCACCGUACAAGAAACAAUGGAGUUUGCCCACCAAGCGUGCGGUGGCAGCGUCGUGCCCGAGCGCGUACUCGAGUCCAUGAAGCACGGCACCCCCGAGGAAAAUGCUGAAGCGCUCGAGACGUUGAAGGCGCUGUACGAAGUGUACCCGGACGUGGUGGUCCGUCAACUAGGUCUGAGCAUCUGCAAAGACACGAUCGUGGGCAGCGCCAUGCUGCGCGGCGUGUCGGGCGGCGAGCGCAAGCGCGUGACGAUCGGCGAAAUGGAGUUUGGCAUGAAGCAAGUGUCGCUCAUGGAUGAGAUCUCGACGGGGCUGGACAGCGCCGCCACAUUCGACAUCAUCAAGAGCCAGCGCAGUUUGGCCAAAUACUUGAAGAAAACGAUCGUGAUUGCGCUGCUGCAGCCGUCCCCCGAAGUGUUUGACCUGUUUGACGAUGUCUUGGUCAUGAACCAAGGCCACGUGAUGUACCAUGGCCCGUGCAACCAAGCGCGAGCGUACUUUGAAUCGCUCGGGUUUGUCUGUCCGCCGAAACGUGACGUGGCCGACUUUUUGCUCGAUCUUGGCACCCCCCAACAGCUCCAGUACGUGAGCCCGUUGGCCGCGGGGUCGUCGAUGGCGUUGCCCCGAUACCCCGGUGAGUAUUCGGCGCUGUUUCAACUGUCGCCCAUGUAUCGUGGCAUGAUGGACCACGUGGAUGGCCCUGUGCACCCGCUCUUGCUGCACGACGCUGACCACCACAUGAAAGCCGUGCCCGAGUUCCAAAACGAGUUUGCCAAGUCCACCAUGCAACUGGUCAGUCGUCAGAUGAAGGUGAUGCUGCGCAACACUGCGUUCGUCAAGACACGGGCGUUCAUGGUCGUGAUCAUGGGCCUGCUGUAUGCGACGACGUUUUACCAAGUCGACCCCCAGCUAGCUCAAGUCAUGUACGGCGUGAUCUUCCAAGCGUUGUUGUUUCUAGCGCUUGGUCAAGUGGCGCUGCUACCGGCCAUUUUGGACGCGCGAGAGAUCUUUUACAAACAGCGCGGUGCGCACUUUUUUCGCACGUUGUCGUUCGUGUUAGCCCAAACCAUCACCCAAGUGCCGUUCAGUGUAGCGGAAGCCUUGAUCUUUGGCACAAUCAUCUACUGGAUCUCUGGGUUUGUGUCGGACGUCGGGGCGUUCUUGGUGUACGAGUUGAUCUUGCUACUGACCAACAUUUUGUUUGCAUCGUGGUUCUUCUUCGUCGCGGUGGCGUCGCCCGACUUGCACGUAGCCAAGCCGCUGUCGCUCGUGUCCGUGCUGUUGUUUGUACUGUUUGCCGGGUUUAUCAUUGUCAAGACCGACAUCCCCGACUACUUUAUCUGGAUCUACUGGAUCAACCCGAUUUCGUGGGGCAUGCGUGCGCUAUCGGUCAAUCAGUACAUGGCGUCCGAGUUCCAAGUGUGCGAGUACAAUGGCGUCGACUAUUGCAAAGCGUACGGCGGGAAAACCAUGGGCGAGGUCCAGCUCGAGCUCUUUGGCAUGCCCACGGACACGGCAUGGAUCGGGUACUGCUUGGCGUAUAUGGUGGCCAUGUACUUUGCGUUCGUCGGCAUGUCGUUUGUCGCGUUGGAGUACUGUCGGUACGAACAUGGUCACGGCCACGGACCGUCGGUGGCAUCCUCCCCCGAAGACAGCAGUAGUAGCAGCCUCAGCCACGACCAUGAACCAGACAAGGCGGCGGCGUACGCCCAGAUGCCAUCGACACCCGUCCUCGGCUCCCACAGCGACGACUCGUCGGUAGCAGUAGACAUCCGCGGGCCGACUUCCGUGGCUGCCUUUAUUCCCGUGACCCUCGCGUUUCAAAACUUGCACUACUUUGUCCCCAACCCGACCAAAGGCGAACCGGAUCUGGAACUGCUCAAGGGGGUGAGCGGGUACGCCCUCCCUGGCACGGUGACGGCGCUGAUGGGGUCUAGUGGCGCCGGCAAGACGACAUUGAUGGACGUGAUCGCCGGCCGCAAAACAGGCGGCAAGAUCGUCGGCGAUAUUCUGCUCAACGGCUACGCUGCCUCGGACUUAGCCAUCCGUCGAUGUACGGGCUACUGUGAGCAAAUGGACAUCCACUGCGAAAGCGCCACCUUCCGUGAAGCACUGACAUUUAGCGCCAUGUUGCGGCAGUCCAGCGACGUCCCGACGCCAGUCAAGAUGGCCCACGUCGAAGAAUGCAUUCGGGUGUUGGAGCUGCACAACGUGGCCGAUGCUAUCGUGCGCGGCAGUUCCGUUGAGCAAAUGAAGCGUUUGACGAUCGGUGUCGAAUUGGCGGCGGCCCCGAGCGUGUUGUUUCUGGACGAGCCCACGAGCGGGUUGGACGCGCGGUCCGCCAAGAUCGUCAUGACGGGGAUCCGGAAGAUUGCAUCCACGGGGCGAACGGUCGUGUGUACGAUCCAUCAGCCGUCGGCCGAAGUGUUUGACAUGUUUGAUUAUUUGCUAUUGCUCAAGCGGGGAGGGGAGACGGUGUAUUACGGCGACUUGGGGGCCAACUCGGAACACUUGAUCGAAUACUUUACCCGAGUCGAGGGGACAUCCCUAUUGCAGCCUGGCGCAAACCCCGCGACGUGGAUGCUCGACGUGAUCGGCGCGGGGGUUGAAGCCAAGAACGCGGCGACCGACUUUGUCCAAGUGUUUCAUGCUAGCCCCGAGGCCAAGCAGCUCCAAGCGGGGCUUGCGGUUCACAUGCUAUCGCACCCGGACCGACCCGAGAUGAAGUUUACGUCCAAGCGGGCGGCAUCGAACGCCACGCAGUGUCAGUACGUCGUCCAGCGCUUCAUGCGCAUGUAUUGGCGCACGCCGUCAUACAACUACACGCGGCUAAUGCUGUCCAUCUUCCUCGCGGUUCUCUUUGGGCUGUGCUUCCGGUCCGUCGACUACACGACGUUUUCCGGCGUGAACGGCGGCAUCGGCAUGGUGUUUAUCACGACUUUGUUUGUCGGCAUCAUCUCGUUCAACAGUGUGCUGCCGCUGGCGGCCGAAGAGCGCGCGUCCUACUACCGCGAACGCGCAUCGCAAACGUACAACGCGCUGUGGUACUUUGUGGGGUCGACCGUGGCCGAGAUCCCGUACGUGGUUGUGACAUCGUUUGUGUUUACGAUCAUCUAUUACCCGUUCGUGGGCUUCAAGGGCAGUGUGUGGGAUGUGGUGUUUUAUGGCAUUAACCUGAGCCUCUUUGUCCUGUACAAUGUGUACUUUGGCCAGUUCAUGGCCUAUGUUAUGCCUCGCGUGGACGUCGCGGCCGCCAUGGGGGUGCUCGUGAACUCGAUCUUCUUCCUCUUUAUGGGAUACAACCCGCCCGCAUCGCAAAUUCCGGCCGGCUACCGAUGGCUGACCACGAUUUGCCCCCCCAAGUACAGUUUGUCCGUGCUCGUGGCGCAAGUGUUCUCCAAAUGUCAAAUCCCGACAGACAUGGGAUGCCAUAUCAUGACCCAAAUUCCCCCCAUCGUGCUCAAAGAGAUCGGCCAACCCCACGUCAAUGUCAAGCAGUUCACCGAGCACUUGUUUGAUAUGAAGUACGAUGACGCCCUCGUCAACACGAUCGUCGUGGUUGGCUGCAUUGUCGUGUUCCGCGUCCUUGGCCUUCUCGCCUUGCGCUACGUGAACCACCAAAAGAGAUAAAUAUUGAUUUUUGAUAUUGUCGAUUUGAUACAAAUUUGGGGAGGGGGUGCAAUCGAAUCGCGCCGACCAAACCGAUCCACAAUCGAUCUGAUUGGUUGAAUUUCUUUGAGAAGGUUUUGAUUGGCUAAUAAUUUUGAGCUCAUCUGAAGUAGCCAAUCAAAUCGAUUUAAAUUCCAACUAGAAACCACGCCACAACACGAAAUUUCACUCGAAAGCACAAUACUAAUACAUACUAUUU